UUUUUUUCAACAAAUCAGUCAAUAAAAUUCAAGAACAGCUUCAAAUUAUAUUCAUGUUCUUAUUGGCGAUUUGUGUUAGAUAUGCUUGGUUCCUGAGCCGAGGGUCUACCGAAAAUAGCCUCUCUGCCUUUUUAAAGGCGAUGGAUUUCAACACUUACAAACUUGGUCCAGAGUCUCUUGAUGUGGAACGUUUCUCAAAUGUGACAUUUAAUCACCUCAGGGAAAUUAAGAUAGAAGGUUUUAUAGACACUGAGCAUGAGAUGGAGUUUAUGAAGCUUUUGUUAGCCAAGUCUCCGGUAUUGGUGAGAAUGUUCGUCAAGUUCUGCAGGCCUGUUGAAGAAUCUGCAAGAGCAAAAAUGCUCGCGAGGCUAUCAAAAGUUAAGCGUGCAUCACCUAAAGCAGAAGUUAACUUCAUCUUUCGAUCUUCAUGAGUCUUAUCAGACCAUGCUAUUUGGCUAAAAUGUUUUGAAAAGUUGAAAUGAAUAGAUAUAAACAAUUGUUGAUGCA